AUGCAGUCAAGAAACACCGAGUCAGUAGUGUUAGACGCGCAAGCUGCUCUAAAACCCCAAUUCGAAGCCUACUGUAAGGCUAUUGACAACCUCGACUGGGAUACUGUACCCACGUAUUACCAUCCAAAUGGAGUCAUUGUUCAGAAAGGAAAGGAGGCGACUUUCGGAAAAGAAGCCAUGAAAGCCGAGUUCAUCAAGUUUGCCGAAUUCACUGGAAAAUCCACCUCUACCUUCUCGAAUGCCAAGUAUGAGGGAACUGGAGACUACCUCAUCAUCACUGCUGACUUCACUUCGGAAACUGAAAAAGCUGGCACUAUCAAGGGAAAAUUCGUACAAAUCUGGAAGAAAGAAGGGGAUAGACACUUGAUCUACCAUGAUGAGUAUGAAGUUCUUGCCUAG